UUGACCUCCAUAGACACGAGGCACAUAGACUUUUAUUCCUUAGCACCCUGCCGCCGGCAAUCAGCAAACAUAACCCCCAGUCACAAAACUCAUUGAGAUGAUCGCGCAGACAAACGUGUUUCCGCCCCAGCCAGCAACCACGAGAGGCGCCUCGACGCUCCUCUCCUACGAUGCCGUGAACAACCGGAUCGCAUAUGCCGCCGGGAAAUCGGUCAUUGUCCGGUCCUUGGAUGCCGCGGCAUCACUCAAACCCACGCAUCACAAAACUCAUUGAGAUGAUCGCGCAGACAAACGUGUUUCCGCCCCAGCCAGCAACCACGAGAGGCGCCUCGACGCUCCUCUCCUACGAUGCCGUGAACAACCGGAUCGCAUAUGCCGCCGGGAAAUCGGUCAUUGUCCGGUCCUUGGAUGCCGCGGCAUCACUCAAACCCACGCAGUUCACAAAACAUACCGUCACGGCUACUGCUGCGGCGUUCAGUCCUUCGGGAAACUACAUUGCCUCCGGCGACGAGUCGGGCCACGUGAUCGUGUGGGACUCGGCUGUGUACAACAAAGAACACCCAUUCGAGCAGCCGGUCAUCAAGUCCGAGUUUGACGUGUUGGGUGGACCCAUCAGAUCCAUCGCCUGGGAUGCGGACAACGCCCGCAUCAUUGCCGUGGGCAGCGGCAAGGAGAAGUUUGGCCACUGCUUUACGUGGGAUUCCGGCAACUCAAUCGGCGAGAUCCAGGGCCACUCGGAAACAAUCAAUGCCGUGGACAUCAAGCCCCAGAGACCGUACAGGGCGGCCACUGUGGGCGACGACAAGUCCAUGGUUUUUUUCACAGGACCCCCCUUCAAGUUCGACAAAAGCUCGCGGAACCAUCACACAAAUGCCGCUCGGGCAGUCAAGUUCUCUCCUGACGGGAAGUGGCUCGUAAGUGUCGGGGCAGACCGUGUCAUUGUCUUGUACGAUGGAAAAACAGGUGACUUCAUAGAAAAAGUAGAGAAGGCACAUGAAGGUGGAAUUGCCGCCGUGGCGUGGUUUCCCGACUCGGCCUCCUUUGUGACAGCCUCUGCGGACAACACGCUCAAGAGAUGGUGCCCUGAAGGGCUUUCUGAGAAGCAGAAGUACUCUGUCGCGUCGGAUACAUCUGUCGAGCACCAGCAGGUUGGUGUCCUCGUGACAAAAGACUACGUCUUGUCACUUUCUUUGAACGGCGAAAUAAAUCUUUUUCCGCAUGACGGAAGCUCCCCGCCAGAAGUGAUUUGUGGCCACCAGAAAUCAUUAACCAAAAUCCUCGUGGAUGGAGAAUCCUUGGUCACUGGAGGCUCGGAUGGCACUUUGUUCGAGCGAACAGUCACCGGCAGGGAGGUGACUUCUCUUCCCGUGCCAUUCGCAAAGAACGAAGCACACUCGAACUACGUGGCGAGUAUCAAGAAAAUUGAUGACAUGACUGUAACCACAGGUUGGGACGAUAAACUCAAGUCAUGGAAGGAAGGCGAACUAGUCAACACUACGGACCUAGAAAGCCAACCGAAGAGCGUGGCUAUUGCCAAGAACAUUGUGGUUUUGCUUGAAAGUAAACUCCAGGUCUUUGACAACUCGCUCAGUCUCUUGGCAGAGCAGGAGCUCAAGUUCGUUGCCUCUUGUGUCGAUUCCGUUCCAGGGUCAAACCUUGCGUAUGUGACCAAUGAGACAGACAAGAGACUUGAGGUCUUCGAGGUAGAUGGACAGGUCAAGCAUGUGCACUCGUACCCUACGUUGAGAGCUGCUCCCAAUCUUGCAAAAGUCUCGCCAAACGGAGAAUAUGUUGCCGUCGCCGAGACAACAGGCAAGUACACCCUAUACAGCACGAAAGAUCAGACUGCCUUCACCACAAGGUGGGCAUUCCAUAGCAGCAGAGUCAAUGGCGCCGCAUGGACUGCUGACUCCAAGUUCUUGGUGAGUGGAGGGUUGGAUUGUGGUAUCUACGUCUACUCUGUGGCCAGGCCAUCGAAGGUGUUGAAGACGCAGUUGACGCAUCAGACUGGAGUGUCGGACUUGGCAUGGUUGAAGUACGCCGAUGCGAAAGGAUCUUUCGCGAGCGUCGGGCUUGACGGGGUGACCAAGACGUGGGAUGUUGAUUUCAGCGCAUACUAGAUUGGCGGAAGUCCUGGCCCGAGACUCUGACUGCAGAUCUUCUAACUUGAGUUUAUACAAAUGUAUUACAAGAGAACGAAGUGGUGAGCAGAGGAAAGUGAAUGUCAAUUCUUUGAGCCGGAUGAGCGAGCUCUGUUAAAAGAUGGUGUGUUCCAUGCAACAUAUUCUGUUCAGGAAAAUGGCACG